AAUAAUUAUUUAAGAUGGAAAAAUCUAAAAAUGAAAUUUUGUAAAUUAAUAACAGCAUAUAUUAAUAAACUCUCAUAUUUCCAACAUUAUUAAUUUAUAAAAAAAAUUUACUGUAUCUAUGCGUACAUUUUUGUAUAAACAAAAUUUACAAAACUUUAGAAACUUUUUAUAAUCCUCCUUUUAUGGUUUAUAUUGUUUCUAUAUAAGUUCCUUAGUGUAUAUUAUUUUCUUGGUCAACUAUAUACAUAUAUACAAAUCUAGAAUCUAUUGUAACUUCCAUAUCUGCAAAAUAUCCCAUUCAAAAUGGGAAACGUAUUGAUAUGUUACUUUAAAUACGGAAUUAGUUUGCUAAUAAUGUUGACCAAAUCAUUUUUAUAUACGUUUUAACCGAUUUCCAUGAAUAUUCUCUCCUCCACUACUUUCUUCCACCAACAAUGAUCCCCAAAGAAGAAGUUGAGCCGCCGCAGAAAAAGGCCAAGAUUCCACCACCACCACCACCGCCGCCGCUUAACCAUCAACCAUGUCUCUCCUUUUCUUCACUUCCAAACGAUAUCACUUUGAAUUUCUUCGCACGUAUCCCAAAAUCUUAUUACCCUAAAAUCUCCCUCGUCUCCAAAACCUUUCGUUCUCUCCUCUCUUCCUCAGAGCUCUAUGCCGCACGUUUUCAAAUGGGAACCACCGUGACCUGCCUCUACAUCUGUCUAGAGUACUCCACCGAGCACUUCACCGAUCCAUCUCCACGAUGGUUCAGUCUCUAUGUGAAACCUAAACGAAACCUAACCGAUGGUAGAACUAGAGAGAAAUCAAGUGGAAACCUCUUGGUUCCUGUUCCCAAACAUUCUCCACCUCCUCCUCCUCCACAUGCGUCUUCGACCAUAAUGACUGGCUCGCAAAUCUACGUAUUCGGUGGACCAUUGGACGAUAACGUAAGACGCUACUCCUCAGCUGUUCGGGUUUAUGAGUGUAGGAAUAAAACGUGGCGAAAUCUUCCUAACAUGAAUAUGGAGAGGUUCUAUGCGUCUGCAUGUGUCCACGACGACAAGAUUUAUGUAAUGGGAGGAUGUAUAGCUCGGUCUGAGCACGAAAGUUGGUUUGAGAUGUUCGACAUCAAGACACAGACCUGGAAAACCUUACCGCCGAAUCCUGACCUUCAUGUACGGUUGGGGUGCAAGAAGGUUCGCAAAAUCGGUGUGGUGCAUGAAAAGAUUUACGUAAAGACUGAGAUUGAGCUCUGUGAUUGGGUCUAUGAUGUGAAGGAAAAGAAAUGGAGCGUUGCGGAUGUGGGGUUGAGUGUAAAUUGGUCGAACUCUUGGUGCGUGAUAGACAAUGUGAUGUUUUCUUACUCUCGCUUGAGGUAUGUGUGGUAUGAUUUAAAGAAUGGCACGUGGAAAGAUGUGAGAGGUUUGGAAGUGCUGAAGAAGUAUCGUAGUUUUAGUAGUCAUGUUAAUCCGAAUGGUAGAGUUGGUAGUGUGGUUGAAUUAGUGAACUAUGGUGGGAAACUCGUGAUUAUUUGGGAUAGGUUUGAGCGGCGUGGUCGUAGUCAGAACAAGAACAUCUGGUGUGCGGUGGUUGCGUUGGAAAGAAUCCAUGAAGGUUUUUGGGGGAAGAUUGAGUGGUUCGAUGUUGUGCAUACUGUCCCCAAGUCAUAUGAGUUCUUGCGUUGUCUACCCGUUUUGGUUUGAUGACUCUUACUUAGUCAAGCUAGUAGAGUCAUCCUUAACUUGUGCUUUGUUUUGUAUUUAGACAUUGACUUUUCUAGACAUUGCUUCAGUUUUCAUUUUGAAUCGAUUUGAGAAUAGUAUAUGUAUUGUGUGUUUGUGACUACCCCUAUGCAUUUUUUUUUUGAAACACUUUUUUUUUAAACACACCCCUAUGCAUUUUGUUAGCUUAAUUCUGGUUACAAAGUAAACUAAGGUGAUACAAACUCACUUGAGGCAAAGUCUCUAUGGGGAUGAUUGGUUGGAGCUGUAGAUGCUCUGGACAGUUAAAAUUUAGUCUACAACUAUAUAUGUCAACCAAUCGAGCUUUGCUUUCUUUAAAAAACUCACAGCAAAAAAAAUUCUGCAAAAUCAAAAUAUGGUUGUAGAGAGCUUUAUUUCCAGAGCAAAAAAUUAGUGCUUUAGAAAUCUACAGCAAGGAAAGCUACAUCAAAUAAAUCUACAGAUUAAAUUCUACAGCAAAAAAUAUAAAGCUACAGCACUUACCAAUCUUCCCCUAUGUUUUGUCCUUUUAAUGUCUUCAUCUUAAUAACAUUUGUUCACCUUGAAGUGAAGAAAUAUUCUCAUAAACUUAACCUAUUAAUUUGUUCAUGUUGUUCAUUACUCGUUAAUUAUAGAGGAAUGAUCCGUCCUCUAAUAUUUUCGUUAUUCUAUUUUAUUUGCUCCUCUCGUUCUCUGUUUGUAUUCUUACGAAUGAUUGAUUUGAAUAAUUUCUUUGAGUAUAGCAAGGUCGGCUUAACAAUAUAAAGGGUCUUUGGACAAAAAAAAUAAAUUAAGCCCCUAUAAUUAAUUUAUUUUAUCAAAUAUUAUUAUAUAUAUAUAUAUAUCAACUUAUCUAAAUUUACUCAUUUGUUUGCGCUUUUAAAUAUAAAAAAUAGACUAUUAUUAUUUUUAUUAUAUAAAUAUGAAAUUUAAAGUGCAAACAAAAAAAAUUAGGCCCCUGAUGUAAAAAAAAAAAAAAUCAGGGCUUUUUAUAUUACUAAUUUUUUUUUUACUUUAGGCGGCCCCGAGCAGGUACACUGCUUGCCCUGGCACCUAGGCCGGCGCUGAGUAGUAGGUAAGCAGCUACUAAAGUUUACUUUCUAAGUUGAAUCACAAGGAAGUAAACUAAGGUUACUCAACAACACAUAUGAUCAACACCAAAUUAUAGGCCCCUAAGGCAUGUGUUUUCUUGCGAUGUGUAGCCAUUUCGGUUUUGAUGACUAGGAAAAUUAUUAUUUGAUCAAGUUUCGUGGAACCAAUGUUCAUCACUGAUUUUCACAAUUUCAAAAUGUGAGCAUCCUAUGUUUGCGACAAUGCAAUUUAGGUCAAUAUAUAUAUAGCUGGGUUAAUUCCAUUAUAUCUUAGCUCAAACUAUAGUGUUAUGCGCCAUUCUCGAGUUAGCAUCAAGCGGCCACACUCGCUCAAGAACUUAAUUGGUGUAUAGCUGAAGAAAUUCGACUUAAUCUUCAUACCAACUCCGGAUCCAUUCUUUGAGUAGAGGAUAUACACAUUUUUAUGCCAAAGAUUCAUCUCUUAAACAUACGCGAUGAAAAGUAAAAUUUAUCUCUGUUGAGUAUGUGAAAGACAAAGGUUACAAAUCUUAUUGCACCGUGACUCACAUUCCAGUGUAGAGACUGUUGAUAUCUAACAGUGGAGAUGGAGCCAUUAAGGUCUGGAAGAAAAAAUAACCAUGAUGGACUGU